AUGGCUCAGUUUACCACAACAUCGUUAACAGAGGCACCAAUACUGCUCGUUUUCCUAUGUUUUUUGAAGAAGCAUGCGAAGUUGCCAAUAUUGAGACUGUGUCUCGAGGUUGGUGACAUUGUUGUGAUGGACAAUUUGUCCGCGCAUCAUUAUGAAGGCGGGGAGAUUUUGGAAGAGCGGUUUGACACGAUGGGAAUACAAUUGUUAUACACACCUUCUUACUGUCCUGAUCUGAACCCAAUUGAAUUGUGUUUCAACAAGGUUAAAACUGUUUUAAAUGGAGGCUUGAAGGAUCUCGUUCAUACCAAUUUGAAUUUGGCAGUUGCAGAAGCAGUCAACACUAUAACGACACACGAUAUUGUUGGGUUUUAUGAACACACGUCGUAUCUUUUCGUUGA